AUGUGGGGCGCUAGGGCCCAGAAAUUAGGCCCGGGAAGGGGCGGAGCCUACCUGCUGGCCACUCUCCUAUUCUGUUUCAGCCUCUUGUCACUAAGUACAGAGAACCGAACGACCACAAAAAGACCCAUAAUCAAGUUGGACGGCAAGUCCAUACGAGAACAUCAGAAAAUCAAGUUGGAAGCUCUGUUCUGUGGGCCUGACAACCACCCCACCCCACCCUCACCAUCCAAGAGGUGCCUCGCGGCUGCGAUUGUCUCCACAGUAUGUGGCAAGAGCAAAUUCCAAGGGAAGAUCUUUGGUGGUCAGAACACAGGUUGUGAGCGGUGGCCGUGGCAGGCCAGUCUGCUCUUUCGUGGCAGGCACAUCUGUGGAGCAGUUCUCAUCGACAAAAACUGGUUAGUCAGCGCUGCCCACUGCUUACAAAGGUCCCGCAAACCAUCUGACUACCGGAUCCUGCUAGGGUACAGCAAGCUGAGCAGCCCUUCCAACUUCAGCCUGCAGAUGACAGUCAACUUGUUCAUCUUGCACGAGAACUAUAGCAAGUUGUACUUUCAGGGGAGUGACAUUGUCCUGAUUCAGCUUCACAAGAAAGUGGAGUACAACUCCCACGUCUCUCCCGUCUGUGUCCCGAACAGCACCUUGAAGGUGCCGGCUAACAAGGCCUGCUGGAUAAGCGGCUGGGGCAUGCUUAGAGAAGAUAAGUUCCUGAAGUUUCCCUACCCUCUGCAGGCCGCAGAGGUCUUCCUCAUGGCUGACAGUGAGUGCGAAGCCUUUUUCCAGACUCCAGAAAUCACCACCCUUCAGUAUAAAGCUAUAAGAGAUGAUAUGAUUUGUGCUGGGGACCUCACCAACGAAAAGUCCAUCUGCCGAGGAGACUCUGGAGGUCCCCUAGUCUGCUCCCUGGAGGAUGCCUGGUAUGUGAUAGGACUGGCCAGCUGGACUGCAGCAUGUCUAGAGCCAAUCUCCAGCCCCAACAUCUUCACCAAGGUCUCCUAUUUUUCCAACUGGAUCAGGAAGAAACAGGAAGAUACGCCCGACGCUGACCCUUUCUCCGCCCCUCCUCAGGAAUCCGCCUCAGCCCUCGCAGGCUGGAAGAUCCAGGAUGCCGCGACGACUAUCAAAUACAGGACCUGUACAACCCUGUUACCUUCUCAGGUCUUCCUCCUGCGCUGGAUUUGGCUCAGGGUUCUGUGA